UUCGAGGAAUAUCCGGUGGCAUGUGCGCUGUCUUCUUGCCAGUCGAAGAUAGAGUCGUGAAUCUGGUCUGCGAGGAACUUGAACCAGUGGUACCCUCGCGAGGUGACAG